AUAAUCAUACAGUAGUUACGUUACUGUUGAAGUUACGGAAUAGAAAACACUAAGAAACGUGUUAUUUACAUAGACAGUUAAAGAAAGGUUAUUAAACGUAGCUAGCUGAUUUGUAAGCGGAAGAAAAAGAAAGUCAACGUUAUUUCCUGUGUUCAGUCCCCGCCUCCUGUUAGCAGGGCGCGGAUUUUUAAAAAGAAAAAAAAAAAAUAACGACUGGUUCAGUAGCAAGACGUAACUUUACAUCAAACAAUAUCAACAGCCGCACAUUAAACACACGUGAACAUCAUGACAUCCAUUACUGAUCCAAACGUGAGUGAUGUGUUCGCCAGUGCAAUGGAGGAGAAUCACAAUAAACAACUUAAAACAUUUGGGGAGAUAAUUGACGUGACUACAGAGUUGGGCCAGUCCCACAGACAGUUGGUGAAGUCUGCACAUGAUUCAUGUUUGAAGAAAUGUAAGGACGAUGAAAUGCUGUUUGAGACAAUACGGACAUUUGAAAGAGACUUGGUACAACAAAAUGCAUCAUUGAAAAAGAAACAUCAUGCUAUUUCUGAAAUGAUAUCUGGGAUUCAGCAGAAGGAGAUGCAGAAAGACAAAAUCAUCCAGAAGAUAGAAAAACUUAAACAAGAGCAAGCCAAAAGAAAGGAGGUAAUCGAGUCUCAAUAUAAAACUAACAAAAACAGACUGAGGAAUCUCCAGAAAGCCAGAGUAGUCUUUCAGGAUCAUUUGGACAUGGAGAUGCGAACAAUCUUUGGCAAAACACAAUUGGUUAAAGGUGAAAAGCUGCAGUUUGUUUUCCGGAAUAUCAGCCCUUCAGAUCAGGACAGCGCAUACAUUGUCACAAUUGGGAUUAAAGAAGAUGGAUCAUACCAGAUUGUGUCGAGUGACCCUGUGCUCAAGUGUUUGUCAGUCCUGGAAAGCCGGCUUCAGGAGACCAAUAACUUACCAGCAUUCUUGGCAAACGUCAGGAAGGAGUUUAUCUCUCUGGCAAGCUGCUAAGAUUGAAAGGAUGGGAGGAUAAAAUACAAUGCAAGAAACCUCUUGCUGCAACGUGGACUAAUGUAAGAAGCACAGCUUUCGGUCCGUAAGUACAGUACAGGUCUGUAAAGAAAACAUCUACUGCCCUUGUCAUGACUAAUACAUAUGGAUUUAUUAUACAUUACUGUGGGCAGUAAGU